CACACCUCCACCCCCCACCCCUCCACCCCCCACCCCUCCAUCCCCCACACCUCCACCCCCCACCCCUCCAUCCCCGACUCCUCCACCCCCCACACUGAGGAUCCUCCUCCUGAGAACUUCAGCUCAGAAUCCACAACGCUGUGGGCUUUCCAGAUGGCCUUCAGCACACUAACCUUUCAGGAGCUGCUGGAGGACGUGUUGAUGAACAGCUGCUUCUACUCGUCUCAGCAGACGCCAGAUGAUCUCAUGCCCCUCGCGAUCGUCAUGCUCUACGACCUUCAGGACAGGAAGUUCCAACCCAGAGAGCCAAUGACAGUGGAGGGGGAGGAGCCAGUAGAGGAAGUGAGGCGGGUGGAGAGCAGCCUUUUCAGUUUCAGGAGGAAGCUGGAGGCGGAGCUCGCUCGCUUCAGAAUAAAACACAACCUGCUCUCCAUCCACCACUUCCUGCCUCACAACCUGAGACUCAAACACCUCCGAACACACACACUUCCUCUAUACACCUGGAUCAACACACUGCAGAUCAGUGUGGAGGGUGUGGUGGAGAAGCUAAGGGACAUGGGAUUGGUGGAGGAGGAGGCGGGUUUUGAUUGGCUGGAAAGAAGUGUGUUCUGCAGGGAUCAGCUCUGCUCCGAUGGGCUGAUGUUUCCUAUGGAGGCCAAAGAACAUCUGGACCAGACCUCACUGCUGAGCAACCGCUCUCUCAUCAUACAGGGAAGGUCCCGGGGGCUGGUUGCGAGUGUGGUGCGCCCCCUGGUGGUGGAGGGUUCUGAUGUUCUGAUGGUGGGAUGUUUCUCGGCCGAGACCGUGGCUCACGUAGCCGUCCACGCUAAUGCUAAUAAUGCUCGCGUUCACGUCUGCGGCCGCAUCGCCAAACCCGACCACAGGGAGGCAGUGCAGUCUGUCCUCACUGCUGUUGGCUGCAACAAUGUUCAGGUUUUGUCAGAGCGGUUCUGUGAUAUAACUGAAUGGGACUCUCGGGUUCAGAAGGUCAGGGUGGUACUUCUGGUACCGCGGUGUUCAGUAUCCGGACUCUGUCGACCCGUUCAGCACAUCCUCAGUGAGGGAGGAGAUCUGGAGCUGAUCCGGGACCUGUCUCAGGGUUCUGUCUCUCUCAGCAGACUGAACUCACUGAUCACUGAACAGAUCCAGGAUCUCCGCCACGCUCUGGCCUUUCCCAAGGUGAACGCUGUGGUGUACUGCACGUGCUCAGUGUACGAGGAGGAGAACGAGCUGCUGGUGAAGAGAGCACUCGAGAGUGCACCUGUCCGACCAAAGCAGCGGCCAUUCAGGAUAGUGUCUACAGGACUGGGGGGUGAUGGAGAAGAGAAGUUCUUCAGGAUGGAGGAGUCGGAGUCUGACGACGGCUGUUUUAUCUGUUUACUGAAGAGAGACGAAGAAGCAGCAGAAGCGGAAACAGUGCAGGACAUUCUGGCUCGAGCUGCAGCUAAAGGGCUUCUGGGAGGCCUGAUGGAGCUGGAGCCGCCGGAUCAGAUCAAACUGAAGAAAAAGAGAAAAGAAAAGAGAAAAGCAGCAGAUCCUCCUCCUCCCUUCAGCCUCCAUCAACCUGACGCCUCCGACACGACCAAACCUCCAGCUGAUGAUGAGGAGUUUCCUCCAGCUCUCAGAGUCUCUGUUAAAACCCUAAACCACAGUCUGAACCUCGCGCUGAACCUCAACGCUGAAAAUUCCAGAUCUUCCUCUCGUUCCUCCAUCGUUCCCGAUCAGCUCUACUCCGCUCUGGAUCAGAUUCACGCUUCAUCAGAUCAGGAGAGCGAAGAUUCCAGAGCUCCAGAAACGAAUGCUCAGGAGCGUAAACCUCAGAGACGAACUCGCCGAAAUAAAUCUAAAUCUAAAUCAAAAUCUAAAUCACGCUCUCGCACCACAAAUUCACACCGGUCUUCAGCGUCUCGGAAGAAGAAGAAGCUUCAUAAACGAUGGAUCCACAGAACCCACCAAACACCAGCCGCUCCCGCCCACCUGCCGCCACCGCUGCCACCGCCACCGCCUCCCCCCGGCACCGGACCGGCAGAUCUGGAGCUCCAGAAGCUGCUCAGGAGACGCAGAGUUCAGCAGGAGGUUAUUGGCUCAAAACCCGAAGCUCUGGAGCUCAGAGGGCGGAUUAAAGUAAAACAGGAAGUGGUCAGAUCGCUGGGGGUGGUACUUCCUUCUAUCUCGGCAGGAAGUCAAGGCCGUCGGGUUCUCUCCUCCGGUUUAUCCUCUGAUCUUCUGCAGUCCUCCUCCUCCACCAGAUCUCCUCUCUCCACCCGACUCCUGCUCUCCACCAGCAGUCGCACAGCGAGCCGAGACUCCGUCCAAUCAGCUUCCAGAACUUACCGGUGAGCUCAGGCCUGUCAUCAAGACAACGACCUCCCUAAUGACUCCACUGUCCUUCUAGAAGCUCUAGUCAUGUGAAGCAAUCAGGAUAAUCAGGAUUCAAACAAUCUAUUAACCUUCCAAAAAUGUACAAUAUAUAAACAUACAGUUAUAUGAAAGAAUUAGGACACCCUUUAAAAAGCGUUUUACCUUUCUUUUAGCAAUUUUUAGGGAUGAAAGUAUUAUUAUAUAAUGUUUCGCAAAAGUAUCAAAUAAAAUUUUGAAAAGUGUGAAGUGCAAAAGCAUUCAGCCUCUUAUGGCA